CCCUCAGGUAGAGGAGGCAGCAACAAGACCUGCCUUCUGUCAGCUUUUGAGGAAUUCAUGUCUAAGGACAGUCACACAUCCAAUUGGUGAACAGCUUUUCACUGUCAUUCUUACAAGUGUUUUAAUUAUUGUAAAACUCUGUGACAAUGACAUAAUGUUGGUUGCCUUUUUAAAUGAUUCUCAGAAUGUUUGAAGUUGAUAGUUUUUUCUGUGUUAUUGCAGUUUUGAGAUAAAAAAAAUUGUCUUAGUCAUUUGUAACUUGCUAUGAUCUCCUAUUUGACCUCUCAGAGUGAAGAAAAGUAUUCAAAACAAAUUUAAGUUGAGAAAUUAAACACAUGUUGCAAGAUUGACUGUUAAAAUCAAAUUUAAAUUUGAACAAGAACGUACCUUGAGUCCAUUACAAUAAUAGGUCUAUCAAAGUUACAAAUGGUUAACAUCUUUCCCUUGGAAUGAGCCAAACUGUUUGCAUGGCUUUGUUUUAGAUUUUACACCAGAUUCAUGGUGGUUUUCAGGAUGGAGUCAACUUACUCUAUGUAUAGAUAGUAAAAUGAACAAAAGUGUUCCAAAAUAAAUUCUCAAAGGAAGUUAUUUUCAUCACAUUUUUUGUCUUAAGAUAACGAGUCGUUUUUGGCAUGAAAUGUUGUAUUUUUAAGAUGCUUUUGAACUUCUUUCUUUGAACAUUUGAUUUAUAGUAUGAAUUAUUGAUACAUGUCUGAUAUGACCCAAUCUUGGUGUUGGACAUUUUUUUAUGUCUGGCAUUGAAGAUUAACUAUAUAUGACUCUAUGCAGUAAGCCUGCAGUCGCAGAUUUCCAGACUGCUGCCCAGCGAUAUGCAGAACGGGAGGACAAACCCACGUCAGCCACCCAACAAUCUAAGUCAUUCAAGACUCUACAGGAAGCCAUAGAUAGUGGACAGGAUCCUCCCUCUGCCUUACUCCCCAUUCAGACAACUAACCCUCCAGUCGAUAGGCGCAGCCCCUCUCCCCUUCUGCAAGGGGCAAGUACCACAGGAUUACCCACACUCAACAGCAGCCAUGUCGCUCAGUUCAACAAUAUCACUCAGUUCAACUCACCAGCCAGCCUUUACAGCAGUGACAGUGCCAAUAGUUCAUUCCAGGCCCUAAGAACAAACGGAAACACGUCCGAUACAAGCAGUGGAGGAGAAAAAGAUGUGGAUGAUUUUGGCCGAAAAAUCUACAGACCAUCAGAAACAUUUAAACUUGUACAUGAACAAGAUGAUCCCUCUCCUAAACAAGAUGAAAAUUUCAAAUCUAAUCCAUCACGGACUUUUCAGAUUUUACAGCAACAACUAGGAUCAGGGUAAAAUUCAAACAUUUAUCUCACCAUGUUAUUUGCUUCACUGAUCUCAUAUCUUUUUAAUUUGCUUUAAUCUUUAUAACAAAACAAAACAUUUUCAUAUUGCCACUAAUGAUAACACAUUUCACAAAGUGCACAAUAAGGCUUUAUCCUAGGUGAGUAAUAUCUGGCAGGGAACUAUUCAUAAAAUAAAAAGAGGAGAGCCCAGUAUCAGUAGACAAGUGAUAUUGUAUUUAUCAUGCAACUUUGCUGUCAAGCAUGAAGAGAAAAAAGAUUUCAAGGCUGAACUAUAUACAUGCACAUACCAUACUCUCCAGUGUGUAUAAGGUCUGUAAUACAUAAAGCAUGUAUGCAUCUCUGUGUGAUGUUUGUGAGAAAAGUUUUGUACAAGUUCAACAGCAUUAACAAGAAUUACUAAUAUAUAAAAUGUAUAAAAGAAGCCUUUACAUUUUAAGUGUAGAUUAAAUUUGCCUGGUAAAAAUAUAUCAUAUUAAUUUGUAUGCAACAUUAUAAAUUACAAUUGUUUUAAGUAAAAUUUGUCAAAAAAAUUAUCUUGUAAUUUUUAUACAGGAGUAUUUGUUGCUAAUGUACCAAGAUAAAAAAAGCAAUAAGUCUGUUUCUUAAUCUGAAUCCGUUUCUUCACAAGAUUUUAAGUUAUUUUUGUAUAUUUACAAAGUGAAUGUUCACUGGAAAUAUAAAAGAAUAAAUAAUAUGAAUUAACAACAGGUGCUGUUGAUAAUACACAUGCUCCUCCUUUGGCUACUUAUUUAUGUUUAUGU